UGUGUGUGUUGGCGCCGUGCUGUGCGCAUCCGUCUGCUCGUCCGGCUGCAAUAGAGUGUCUCGCUGAAGCUCGGGUGUCUACUACUGGCGUGGUGGCAGCGCCUUUGCCCACCUCUCCUAGUGCCACGCAAGACAUUGCUUCUCCUCUGCAAGGAUCAGCGAGCUUUGCUCAAUCUGCAUCGCCAGCGCUCUACGCACCGGACUUGGAGCCAAGAUGGCGGGCGUUCGUGCCCCGAAGCAGUGGUCACUGACGAAAGACGAGACAAUUACGUCAUUCGAGAGUUGGCGCCAAAACCUGCUCUAUACCCUGUCGCUCGAUAGUAUUUUCGCAAAGUUUCUCGAGCAGGGAGUCGUGUGGCAAAAGAAGACGGCUGACUGUCCGACACGUGGCUUCUCCGACGACAGCUCGAACGUCCCCGCCUCCAGUCGUCUCACCGCCGCUCAGAAGACAGUCCAGCUCGAGCUCAUGUUAGGGCAGAUUGCCAAUUUCUGCCCGAUCAUCGCUCGCAACUCCAUUGUGAAAAACUCCACGUCGCUGCAGCAGAUCUGGCAGUCAAUCCGGCUUCACUUUGGAUUCCAGUCAUCAGGCUCUCAUUUGCUUGAUUUCGCUGCAAUUCAGCUGCAAUCUGACGAACGACCGGAGGAUCUGUUCCAGCGGCUUAUGGCGUUCGCCGAGGACAAUUUGCUGAAGUCCGACCAUGACGUCACUCAUCACGGCCUCCUGCCGUCGUCGGAUGAGGACAUGUCGCCAUCUCUGGAGAACUUCAUCGUCCUACACUGGCUCUCGCUACUGCAUCCGCGCCUUCCGGCCCUCGUCAAGCAGCGUUACGGCCCGGAGUUGCGAACCCGUACCCUGGCAUCUCUGAAGCCGGAAAUCAGUCAGUCUAUCGACUCUCUUCUCGCGGAGCUGCAGUCUGGAGAACACGCGCAAGUUUUGCGUUCUGCAAUCGCCAGUUUCCAGCAAGUUCGCCCCCGCAAUCAGCUGGCUGGAUCCGCCUCUGCGGGCCGGCCAGCGGCCGUGCCCGCCGGCGGUCGGCCCGCGCCGGCUGCCGGCCGCUCCGCCCCUGCGCUCGGCGGCGGCCGGUCCGGUUCGGCUGACCUGUCUGGGGGUGAGCGGCGCGGCGGCCGCGGUCAGCGUUCGCGUACAUGUGCACUCUGCGUGGCGGCCGGUCGUCCAGGUGCCGACUCGCACUUUUUGAGUCGCUGCCGCUUCUUGCCCAUCGAGGAUCGUCGCUUCAUGGCUGGCGUACGUCUCAUCGCCGGAUGCGACGACCUCUGUGAGGACUUGGACUCUGAGGGUGCAUCUCGCCUCUCACAGACGGACUCUGACAACCAGUGACGCCCUCAAGAAGGUUGGCAUCCGCUUGGAGGUCGGUCGUGUGCAUAACAAGAACAAGAACCCGUCCGCUGAACAUGCCAUCGGCGAGCUGCGCAGUGAGUUAAGGCGCAUCAAUCCUGAUGGCGGCGCGAUCUCACUGGCGACCCUGGCUAUCGCCAUUUCGCGUCUGAACUCCCGCCUUCGUCUCGGUGGUAUGUCCUCAUUCGAAAUGUUCUAUGCGCGUGAUCAGUACACGCUUUCCGCUCUCAGCAUCUCUGACCGUGAGCUUAUCGCUCAGCGCUAUGCGUCUAGAGUCCAUAAUCAUCCAUAUGAUUACAAGUCAAAGUCUCGUACGCAUCGCCGUGUGCCCCCUGUGCAGCCUGCCCCCGGCGAUCUGAUUUACCAUGCCGGAGACCGCGACAAAACUAGAGCUCGUCCUCGAUAUCUGGUCACGGCUGUUGAUGGUGAAUGGUGCUCUGUUCGUAAGUUCGCUUGCUCGCAACUCCGUUCCAAAGAGUACCAGUUCCGUCUGAGUGAGUGCCUGCUCGUGCCCUGUGCUGUGGAGGAGCUGGAGCCCGUUUCUGGUGACGAGUCAUCAGAUGACGAUACUACCCCUCCUGCAGCUGAUUCAUCGUCCCCUAUUCCUGCUGAGAUCGCCAUCGUUCCCACACCUCGUCAGCCUGUCUCUGGGGUGCCGACGUCCUCUCUACCUGCUCCGCUACCCCCUCCCCCUGCUCCGCCGUCCCUGGCCGCCGGCCGCCCGCGACGUCAAAUUAGAUUACCGGGUCAUUUGAAAGAUUAUGUAGUGUCCCUCCGUUAGUUCCCUGCAAUGCUAUGAACCGAUGCCUUGUUUUGCGUUUAUUCUGUUAUUUACUCAAUCACGCAUUUCUUUGUUACUUAUUUGCGCCUGUGUCCAGUUAGCGUUGUCUGCGUUUGCAUUUUGCAGUAUGUUCUUGUGCAAUGUUGCACCUGUAUUUUGAGAAGGGUUUCUUUUAUUUACUAAGAAAAAAAGUGGUCACGCCAGCCCGCGCCCGCUGUGCGCUGGUCUAGCCACCUGGUGGUAACAUGAGUCACUAGUGUUAGGGUGACCUGCCGAGAGCGUGAGCGCCUCGAGUGACCGCCGGCUGGGCCGGUAUUGUGUGUGUUGGCGCCGUGCUGUGCGCAUCCGUCUGCUCGUCCGGCUGCAAUAGAGUGUCUCGCUGAA